GCGACAACUCUUGGACCGCUGGUGUCUACAGCGUUAACAACCCUGGGAAGCUCCACCUCCACUACCACCUUCUAUGUUAAUUUCAGCGUGAUCCUUUCACAGAGACUGAGACACAGCGCUCCAGAUCAGUGAGUCUCUGCCUGCUGCUUAAUAUCGAUGAGGCUUUGGACAGUCGUUGCGCUCAACCUCUCCUUCUCUCCGGGGGGCUUUUUUUAUCUGCUUUGGUGUGUGCGUGCGUGGGUGUGCGUGUGUGUGUGUGUCUUGUCAGUAUUAUGUCGCAGCUGAGGACGCGCUCCUGACUAAGGAUCGUGGAUCCAGCUCGCAGAGAGGGUGAAAGCACCUUGCAUCCAGUCAUGGGAGGUCAGAUCACCAGAAAUACCUUCUACGACUCUCUAAAUGGACCAUUUCCUGCAGCACCCCACCGAUUCCACCACAAGCCGAAGCGCUACCCGCCUAUCCAACCAUGUGGAAAUUUGUCCUCCUUCCCUCUGCAGUUCCACCCUAGCACCAAAGGCUCACAGAUUAUUAUGGACCUGUCACAGAGAACCGUCAAGAGACAGGCCAGCUUCUGCAACGCCAUUACCUUCAGCAACAGGCCCAUUGCUGUUUACGAGCAAGUUCGGCUGAAGAUAACUAAGAAGCAGUGCUGCUGGAGUGGAGCGCUGCGUCUGGGCUUCACGUCUAAAGACCCGUCACGGAUAAAUCCAGAUAACUUGCCCAAGUACGCCUGCCCUGACCUCGUCUCCCAGAGUGGCUUCUGGGCAAAAGCCCUGCCAGAGGAACUAUCUAAUGAGGGGAAUGUCAUAUCUUUCUGGGUCGAUAAGAAGGGCAGAGUGUUUUACCGUAUCAACAACUCCAACCCCAUGCUGUUCUUCAGUGGUGUCCAUGUUGCUGAACCCGUUUGGGCUCUCAUCGAUGUCUAUGGCCUAACCAGAGGAGUCCAACUGCUUGACAGCGAGAUGGUCCCUUUGGACUGCCUGCGUCCUCGUUCCUAUGCUGCCACCCGUCGGUCUUCAGCUCGGCGGAACAGUCAUGACCCUCGCCUCACCAUUAGUCUGUGUGACCUGAGCCUGCAGCAGCAGGAGAUGCAGCUCGAGGAAGAGGAUGAUGAGGGGGAUGAAGAGGAACAACUCCAGCCUUUAAGCUCCAACUCCUGCCAUGUUCCUCAGAACUCUCAGAACUCGCAGCAGUGCUUGCUGCUGCCUGGCCACUUGGACAGCGAUCUGCAGUUUCACACUAUUCAUGGCCUCCAUGUCACUGCGCUCGAUAAGCACACGGUCGCUCGGCCAGAUCACCGCGGCGACGAGAGGACCCUGGUGUUCACCAGCCGCCCAAUGCACUGUUCGGAGAUUGUGUUUGUGAAGGUGAAAGCAGGAGUCAGCCGGGUGGGGUCUCUUUCUUAUGGCGUGACAUCCUGCGACCCGGCCACCCUCAGGCCCAGUGAUCUCCCAUCGAACCCCGAGUCCCUGGUUGACCGCAAGGAAUUCUGGGCCGUGUGCAGGGUGGCUGUGCAACUCCACAGUGGGGACAUUUUGAGCUUUGUGGUGAAUGCAGAGGGGGAGCUUAUGAUGAGCCAUAAUGGGAGCAGUGCAGGAAUGGCGCUUUGUGUCGAUAACUCCAGGCCUCUCUGGAUGUUCUAUGGUCUGCAUGGAUCCAUCACUCAACUCAGAAUUUUAGGCUCAUCUUUGCCUCUUGAUCAUCAAGGUUCAUCAGUGCCCAGCUCGCCAUCAUGUACACCCAACACCCCGACAACACUCUGCAGUAGAAACUCUGGGUCCAACCUCAACACCACACUGAACAUCAGUCUGAAUUCAAGCCUUAACUCCAACUACAGCACGCUGUUUUCCACUUCCACAGAUAUAAACCCAAGCUCUCCGUUUUCCAGUCAUCCACAGUCCCCUACAUUCCCAUCUUCUUCCAGCUCUUGGAGUGACGAAUGCACUAUCUGCUACGAGAACAUGGUGGACACCGUCCUGUACGCCUGCGGCCACAUGUGUCUCUGCUAUGCCUGCGGCCUGAAGCUCAAGAAGAUGGCCAACGCGUGCUGCCCAAUCUGUCGACGGACAAUCAAAGACAUCAUCAAGACCUACCGGAGCACAUAGACUUGCUUCCAGCAAUGCUCAAGACAUCGCAAAAGCCAUGUAAGACUUUCUAAAGACAGCACAAAUGACGAUCUGGCUCAGGUACUUUACAACAGGACUUGAAGCUUGAUAAAACAUUUUGUUCAAAUAAUAGGAGACGUCAUCAAAUGCCAUUAGAGGUGCAGUGUGAUCAAUAAAAGCUAAACGUGGUACGGUAAAAACAACAUGGCAGUAUGCCUCAACUCAUUUAUGCUGAAGAGAAACUGCUAUGUCCCAUGUCAUGCAGAAUAAACCCUUCAUGAUCUCUCCAUCCAAGUUAAAUGGAGAUUGUCCAGAGCUGGGGAUAAUAACAAACAGAAUCAAUCUCCAGCUUCACCAGCUGCUACUCUGCUGCUUGUCAGGAAGCUUUGAGUCAGACAGUCGUUUAAGAGGAAGAAUCGAUUAUUUUCCUAAAACUGAGGGAAAAUGAAGGGAAGAUAGUUUUAUUUUGAGAUUUCCUGAAGGCAGUGAAAAAAUUUUUUAAAUAAGUAAGGAGGGUGAGAAAAUCUUCUUUUAGCAAUAAUCAGACAAUAAAACCUAAGCACUAAGAGUACAGGAAAAACUUAAAGGAACUUAAAUCCGUAAUAAGUGGAGUGUCUUGCAUAUUAACCCACCACCUGAGGUUAUCAGGUAGAGACUGUGGAAUUGGUGCAAAAGUGAGAACAAUGUCACCGGAGAAGGUCACACGAUGAGGAUCGAGAAUGAAUCAGUGAAGAUGGAGGCUGAAGAAGCUGUAAGUUUGAGACUGAGAUGAGGAGGUGGUUGAGCAGUGUGUGCCUGUAUGGUGAAGAUGAAGUGUUAUGUCACUCAGAAGUUGAGAUACAUGUGCUGGGUGUUGGCUGUGAUGCCCUCCUUUUUGUUGCUUUUCAGUAACUUUGCUGGAUUAUGUAAUUGCACAAAAAGUCAUCCAAAUAAAGAGUGGUGGGUACUGGGAAAGUUUUUUUUUUCUUUAAAGUGUUGAAUCAAGCUCUUCUUCACUGUUAGAAUCACUAACAAUCCUACAACCCUUCUCUACUUGUCCCAUGUCAUGGCAUUUUGUAUGACAUGGGACAUGAUAAUCUUCUUUAGGAGAUUAAAGUAGGAAUAUUUGAUUGAAUAAUGUUGUAUAUCUGUGCAUUGCAUCUUCUAGCUGGUCCUCGUGUGCAAACAGUGACAAAGAUGUAACAACUGUGAGAAUUUCAUUUGCAUAUCAUUUUCCGUGCUGCUCUCCGGUUAUAAAAGAUUUUAUUUAACAUUUUCACGUGUCUACUCAUGUAUUAUAUGCUGAUCAUCUUUGAAUAGGUAACAAUGUUUUUUGUUGUUUUUUUUUCCAGAAAAAUUGCAUCACUCAUUUAUUAUAGUAGAUAUUAAAUUGUUUUAUAACAUGUCAUCUCAUCACUGCAGGAUUACCAUUACCAAUUACAAGUAUGUUGUAUAACAUUUGUUCAUAUUUUCUGAGUGUAUAUUAGGCAGUUCACUGUGAAAACCGAAAGUAAUGUUUAGAUUACUUUUCAUCAUAGAAUCCUUAUUUUGUGGUUCUAGUUUUCAAGACACGAGCUGGUUCACACUCAAGUAUAGAAACACAACUUUGCUAUAUUUUAUUUGAAACUGAAUAUGUUCUUGAUGGUGGUAUGCAUAGUAUUUCUUUUAUCCUCCACAAAGAGCUCCUACAUGUUUUAGUGUCAAAAUGUCAUAUUUUUCCAGGCUUGAGUUUCCAAUGUUCGCAUUUUCUCCCAUUUUUUAAGCUAUAAAUAUCAUUUUUAUAGCAAACAUCUCUAAAAUGGUCUUUAAAUAUGGAACAUGGAGACAGCGACUAUUACACAUUAUGUUGUUCUGUGCUGGAAUGUUGUUUGGAAUGUUUAUUAGCUUUUCAUACCUGGUUAUAUUUUCCUUCCUGACUAAAAAAUAAAAUAAGGAGUAUUUGUACUUGAAAGAUAAACUUGUGAGGAUUGAAACAUUGCUUGUACACUCAAAAUCUCUUUUUAUGUUAUUAUAAAGAAUCUUUGUGUGCUCUUAUAUGUGUGGCUAAAUUAAGAAAUGUAUCUAUAAUCUUAGUAGUUUUGGUGUAGGAAUAUAGAAAUAUGCUACAACAGGUCUAUAGUAUGAAUAGUUCUAGAAAGAGUUUACUGAUAUUUUUCCAGUUCCAAAUAGUUCAGGUUUAAAAAAAAAAAAAACCUCUGCAACCUCACCCUAUUCAGCACAUGUUUAAACAAGCCAAAUGUGCAAUUUUCAAGCACAUUUCAUAAAUUUGAGAAUAUACCACAUAUAAUCUAAAAAUCAUUGCACACUAGCUAACCUAUCCUGUUUCCGAAUUGUGGCCUUUAAGCACAAAGCCAAAAAGCCAGUACGGAAAAUCAACUAUUUUGUCUUUGUACCAAAAACAUAUAUUACUAAUCAUGUACGACUUUACAAAUUAAGUAACAGAUAAAUGAAUGUUAAACUUCCAAUCAUCUGACCAAGACAAAAAUUGCUUAGCUUUUCCAGGAAAUAGAAAUAUCUAAAUUUGACACAGCAACUCACUGUUAUGUACAGCAACAGGAAGUUGCUGUAAGUAAAUAUAGAUUUUAAACAACUGUAAUGCAAUAAAAUAAUAACUUAACUUAAGCCAGGCCAGCUGCAUCUUCCCCAUCGGUUUUUUUCUUCUCAUGGAUAAUGAGCCAUAUUUAUACCACUUUAAGGGAUAGACAUUUGUAUGUUUUUUAACUGACAAUUAAAAAUUUGAAUUAUCAACAACUUGUGACCAAAUAGUUUCAGUCCAAGUCAAAAAAAAUGCCAGCAAAUGUUACAAAGUGUAUAUGAGAAACAAAAUGAAUUUGGUUUGCUAUUUUUUCUUUCUAAAAGAUCUUAAAAUAAUCUAAUUGCAUCUGAAUAUGAAUUAUGUUUUGUUUGUUAAAUAAAGUCUGUAACACUGA